AUGCCCUCCAACCACCAUGGCCACGACUCUUCGCAUAAUGUCUCGCGCGUCCUCUACGACAACCACCGCAACAACCAGCGGGGCUCGGAAUCUACCCCGCUGCUACGACGCGCCCUCCCUCACCAGAUCCACCCCGAUGGCGAAAGCGGCCGCCAGGGCUUCCAUCUAGCCCACUUCCUCAACGUUGCAUGGCGCUCUGGUAGCAAUGCAGCCAAGUACACCAACUUGCUAUGGCCCUUUGUCAUUGUCGCCAUUGUGCUGCACUUUGCUGCCCCAGGCUUGCCCAUUGCCGUUUUUGCAACCAGCUACAUUGCCAUGGUCCCCGUGGCCAACCUCCUAGGCUUCGCGGGCCAGGAAUUCGCUCGGAAAAUGCCAAAGGUCUCUGGCAUCCUGAUUGAAACGGCGUUUGGAUCCAUUGUCGAAAUCAUCCUGUUCAUCAUCCUCAUUGCCAAGCAUAAUUCUGGCGAGGGCUCGUCUGAACAUGGGAACCUUGUGCCUGUUAUUCAAGCUGCUAUUUUGGGCUCGAUUCUCACCAAUCUGCUGCUUUGCCUCGGACUCUGCUUCUUCGUCGGUGGGUUGCGGCAAACAAGCCAAACCUUCCAUGCGGCCAUUAGUGAAGUCGGCAGCGGCCUACUUCUUGUCGCCGGCUUUGGUCUUCUCAUCCCCAGCGCAUACUACUCUGCGCUCAAGGGCUCAGCCGUCGAAAAGGCAUCAAAGCACCAUGAGUUCACCGAGAAGAUGCUACAGCACAACGUGCUCCGAGUCAGCCAAGUCACGUCGAUUCUUCUCAUCAUCGCCUUUUGCAUCUUCAUCUUCUACAACGCCCGCUCUCAGCAUUCCAUCUUCGACGAGGUGCUCGAAGCCGACGAGCACCGUGACCUCGACCACCACGAAGACGUGGCCAAACCCAAAUUCACAAUGACGGAAUGCAUUGUCGCGCUUGUCCUAUCACUCGCUCUCGUCACGCUGCUCGCCGUCUUCCUUGUCGAGCGCAUCGAAGAUGUGGUUGAAUCCGGUGUACCCGAUCAAUUCCUCGGCCUCAUCCUUCUUCCGCUUGUGGAAAAGGCUGCCGAGCAUUUGACUGCCAUUGACGAAGCGUGGGACGGCCAGAUUAACUUUGCUCUCUUCCACUGCAUUGGCCCCUCGAUUCAAACGGCCCUCUUCAACGCACCGCUGGUUGUCAUUGUUGGCUGGGCUCUCGACAAGAACAUGGACCUCAACUUUGAAAUCUUCAUGGUUGUGCUGCUCGUCUUGUCCAUUAUUGUCGUGGGCAACUUCCUGCGUGAUGGCGCGUCCAACUAUCUUGAGGGUGCCAUGUUGAUUAUUGUCUACGUCAUUGUUGCAGUAGCCGCACGGUACUAUCCCAAUCCGGAUGUUGCCACUUCCAAUGGUACCUAAUGGCCCAACGCUGCGUUACUGCUCGCGCCACACUUGCCCUCGACGACAAUCUUGAUAGGUUUGCAGGUGAAUCAUCAUCGCAAAGGAUAAGACAUGAUAUCGAUCCAACAAUGAUUGCCCGAAUCCACAGCUCACCAUAUUGCUAUGCAAUUACGACAAUUCAAUGCCCAUGUACAUGCAUAAUUUUCAGCAUUGAAAUACAAUCACAGUUG